GAGAGAGAAGACACUACAUCCUCCCCCCAUCAAGGUGCACCCUCUUCACCCACAUCGCUCCCACCCUGGUACCCUACCCACUCCCACACACAGCCAGCCCUCACCCUAGUGCUGAGCAUCCUUCUUUCCACCCUGACACCUACUUGCCUUCCCCUAAAUCCAGCACUACUGCCCCUUAUCCUGACACCAUGAGCACUUGGGAGAGCCCCCCAGCCUGAGACCCCGAUACCACCAUGGUGCAGAAAUCCCGCAAUGGGGGAGUGUACCCCGGCCCCACUGGAGAGAAAAAGCUAAAGGUGGGCUUUGUGGGACUGGACGCAGGACCCCCAGACACCAGCAGGGACGGGGCUCUCCUUAUAGAUGGCUCAGAUAGACGCAGCAGUAUCCUUACUAAACCCCACUCGGGGGUCUCGGGCACCGGGAAGCCACCCAAACGCAAUGCUUUCUAUCGCAAACUCCAGAAUUUCCUCUACAAUGUGCUGGAGAGACCCCGGGGCUGGGCCUUCAUCUACCAUGCCUAUGUGUUCCUCCUGGUUUUCUCCUGCCUUGUGCUCUCUGUCUUCUCUACUAUCAAGGAGUAUGAGAGCAGCUCGGAAGGAGCCCUCUAUAUACUGGAAAUUAUAACCAUCGUCGUAUUUGGAGUAGAAUAUUUUGUGCGUAUCUGGGCUGCCGGAUGCUGCUGUCGAUAUCGUGGUUGGAGAGGGAGGCUAAAAUUUGCCCGCAAACCAUUCUGUGUAAUUGACAUCAUGGUGCUGAUUGCGUCCAUAGCUGUUCUGUCUGCCGGUUCCCAGGGGAAUGUUUUUGCCACAUCAGCCCUUAGGAGUUUGAGGUUUCUUCAGAUUCUCCGUAUGAUUCGUAUGGACCGAAGAGGGGGGACAUGGAAGCUUCUGGGUUCUGUAGUGUAUGCACAUAGCAAGGAACUGAUAACGGCUUGGUACAUUGGAUUUCUAUGCCUCAUUCUGGCUUCCUUCCUGGUGUAUCUGGCUGAGAAAGAGGACAAUGACAUGUUUGAUACCUAUGCAGAUGCCUUGUGGUGGGGCUUAAUCACGUUGACUACCAUUGGUUAUGGAGAUAAGUUUCCAAAGACAUGGAAUGGGCGUCUUCUGGCUGCCGCAUUUACUCUUAUUGGUGUCUCAUUCUUUGCUCUUCCUGCGGGAAUCCUGGGCUCUGGAUUUGCCUUGAAGGUUCAAGAACAGCACAGGCAGAAGCAUUUUGAGAAGAGGCGAAAUCCAGCAGCUGGGCUCAUACAGUGUGCCUGGAGAUUUUAUGCCACGAACCUCUCCCGGAUGGACCUCCACUCCACCUGGCAGUAUUAUGAGCGUACUGUCACUGUGCCAAUGUACAGCUCUCAAACGUACGGUGCAUCCAGGCUGAUCCCCCCGCUGAACCAGCUGGACCUUCUGCGCAACUUAAAAAGCAAAUCAGGACUCACCUUCAGGAAAGAUCAGCAGGCUGAGCCUCCUCCAAGCCAGAAGGUGAGCCUUAAAGAGAGGGUAUUCUCCAGUCCCAGAGGCAUCGCAGCUAAGGGAAAAAGCUCACCUCAGUCCCAAGGGAUGCGUCGAUCACCAAGUGCUGACCAGAGCCUAGAGGAGAGUCCUAGCAAAGUGCCCAAGAGCUGGAGUUUUGGAGACAGGAGCCGUACACGGCAAGCAUUCCGCAUCAAGGGGUCAGCAUCCAGGCAAAACUCUGAAGUAAGUCUCCCUGGAGAAGAGGUGGCUGUUCCUGAAGAGAACAGAAGCUGUAACUGUGAAUUCCUGGCAGAAGAUCUGACUCCUGGACUCAAGGCUUCCAUCAGAGCUGUGUGCAUCAUGCGCUUUCUGGUGGCCAAACGCAAGUUCAAAGAGAGCCUUAGACCCUAUGAUGUAAUGGAUGUAAUAGAGCAGUAUUCUGCAGGACAUCUGGACAUGCUUUCCAGGAUCAAGAACCUUCAGUCAAGGAUAGAUAUGAUUGUGGGUCCCCCACCCCCUUCAACACCCCGGCAUAAGAAGUAUCCAACCAAAGGAUCAAUCCAUUCUACCAAAGAAUCUCCCCAGUACUCUCCUAGAGUUGACCAGAUUGUUGGACGGGGAGGAUCAAUCACAGAUAAAGACAGAGCCAAAGGGGUAGCUGAAGCUGAGAUGCCAGAUGACCCGAGCAUGAUGGGCCGACUAGGCAAAGUUGAGAAGCAGGUGUUGUCCAUGGAGAAGAAGCUGGACUUUCUAGUCAGCAUCUACAUGCAAAGGAUGGGAAUCCCACCUUCUGAAACAGAAGCUUACUUUGGGGCCAAGGACAGGGAGCCAGCACCGCCUUACCACAGCCCAGAAGACAGCAGGGAUCCAGUUGAUAAGAGCUGCAUUACAAAGAUUAUCCGUUCUUCUAGCUCAAUGGGUCAAAAGAAUUUCAGUGCUCCACCUACCCAGGUGACUCCUACUUCCCACUGCCCUCCAUCAACAUCAUGGCAACAGCAACAGCCAUAUCACCGACAUAGCCAUGGCUCCUCUCCAGUGGGGGAUCCAGGUUCUCUGGUUAGGAUACCACCACCUCCAUCACAUGAGCGCUCACUUUCUGCAUUUGGAGGAAGCAGGAUGGGAGGAGUUGAGGAAGGCAAACAUCGGGACCCAGCAGCCCUGAGAGAUAGUGACACAUCAAUAUCAAUCCCUUCUGUGGACCAUGAGGAAUUGGAGCGAUCAUUCAGUGGCUUUAGCAUUUCUCAGUCAAAGGAAAACCUUGAAAUGCUGAACAAUGGAGCUGUAGCAGGGCCUGGCCCUUGUCACAAGGUCCGUCCUUAUAUUGCUGAGGGCGAGUCAGACACAGACUCUGAUCUCUGCACCCCAUGUGGCCCACCACCCAGGUCAACUACUGGAGAAGGACCAUACGGUGAUAUGGGGUGGCCAGUUAGCAAGUAAAAACCUUUUUUGGGGGGGUUUGUUAAAAGUUUUAUAAAAAUUGGCCACCAGGCAGCCUGCAUUGCA